CGCUGACAGAGAGCAUGCUCACAGAUCUUUAGUUAGUAGACGAGGUACAAUUUCCUUGCACUUUCCAUUGUCUUACAAACAAUACCAUGUCCCGUUUCCCAAACCUUCCCCUGACGCCAAUAAUGUCAUGUUUUUGGAUCGCUCUCGUCAUGACUUCAGGUUUUAGCAGAGCUGCAAUAUCAUACUGGAGCAAUAAGCCGUGGAUCAAUGUCAAUUCAUCCGAAAUUUCGGAGGGAGAGUGGGUGCGCGUGCUUUGCGGUGUUCCCAUCGAUUACACCGGUGGCUUCUGCCGCCUUUACAAUGAUCAGAGGACAACACCUUUGAUGUCGCUGCAGACUCAUACAUACACUUGCCAGUUCCUCGUGUCCUCACGUCACCUUUUGGGAAGGCGGUCGGCCGGGGCCCGAACAAGUGUUCGGUGUGACUACACACUGCAAGACUAUGAAUCUGUUUCUAGUGACGAUGAAGUAGUGGUGGUGUGGGGAAUCGUCGAAAAGCCGGUGCUAACAGUGAGUCCGCUGGUGGUUAUGAUGAAUGACAGUGUCCAGCUUAACUGUUCAGUGCCCGGACAGCAGGCCGCCAGCUGUAGUGUGUACCGGGACGGGUUCGCCAUUAAUGGGCUGCCUUGCAAUCAUGCAAUCAUGAUGGGAAAACAGCUAAUGAUAUGGCAGUCCACCUCACUAUUAAAUGAAAUCGAUGUAACUUGCGAAUACAACGUGGAAGGACUGGAUUACGUUCGAUCGAAAACUAGCAAUCCAGCAACGAUUGUUAUCGUGGAUCCCGGAAGGAUUGAGCUUUCCACGAAUCAUACACAUGGCACAUUUGUCUGUGAUGUCCCAUCCCGUAUCCACGACUUCGUGCGAUUGCAGACCGGCAACGAGUCCAUCAAGCUGGAGCAGGGCGGCAUACUCAGACUGCAAGCCAUAAAUACCAACACUGAACCGUUCAACCACACAUGUCGACAUGUUUAAAUAGUUGCACAAUAAUUACGUGCGUAUGCGCAUGCAAAUAUAAGA